AUGCCUACAUUAAAUCAAUUGAUUCGUCAUGGUAGAGAAGAAAAACGGCGCACGGACCGUACUCGAGCUUCGGAUCAAUGUCCCCAGAAGCAAGGAGUACGCCCGCGUGUUUCAACGAGAACACCGAAAAAACCAAAUUCAGCUCCACGUAAGAUAGCCAAAGUACGAUUGAGCAAUCGACAUGAUAUAUUUGCUCACAUUCCGGGCGAAGGUCAUAAUUCGCAGGAACAUUCUAUGGUGUUAAUAAGAGGAGGUAGAGUGAAAGAUUUGCCAGGUGUGAAAUCCCAUUGUAUUCGAGGAGUCAAGGAUUUGUUGGGAAUUCCGGAUCGAAGAAGAGGCAGAUCCAAAUAUGGUGCAGAAAAACCCCAAUCUCUAUGA